AGGUGUCCAGCAGCAACAACAGAGAUUAACAGCAUUUUCAUGGUUCCCUGCUCCAGGAACCCUCUUAACCCGAGGCUCGGGAGGCGUUUGUGCCAGCAGGGUGGAGCAGCCAGAGCCACACGUGGUCACCCUGGGCCAUCCCAGGGGCCCUUCAGGGGCAGUUCUGCAGCCUCUGCGUCAGUUUUCCCCUUGGAGCUUCUGAUCCAUGACCUGCCCUGUGAAUUUUGUCAAACCCUUUAAGCUGAUGACAGAGACAGGUGUAAAAAUAGUUUCUUAGUAGCUGACCUGUGUGCAGGGGUUUUUCCUGGCCACCACCACCGCGGGAGCCCCGUGACCCAUCGGUGGGGGGACCCUGCAAGGGGAAAGGGGUGGCAGCCAAGCAGUGAGGAGACGGCUCUGCAGAAACCCAGCAACGGCGGGAGCAGCUGGGACCGAGGGACAGAGGGGUCAGCCCAGCCGAGCAGGACCCGACCCCAUGGGCUCCCGGCACUUCCCUGCCCGGACCGUGCUCUUUGAGAGGGAAUCCAACGGCGUCACGUACCGCGUGCCCGCCCUGCUCUACCUGCCCUGUGUGGCCAAGCUGCUGGCGUUCGCCGAGGAGCGGCUCAGCGCCGACGACGCCCACGCCAACCUGCUGGUGCUGCGCCGCGGCACCAUCUACGGCAGCUACGUGGAGUGGGAAGACAUGCGCGUGCUGGAGACGGCGACGCUGCAGCACCACCGGUCGAUGAACCCCUGCCCCCUCUACGAUGAAUUCACGGGCACCCUCUUCCUCUUCUUCAUCACGGUGCUGGGCAGGACGCCCGAAGCCUACCAGAUUGUCACUGGCCAGAACGUCACUCGCCUCUGCUGCGUCACCAGCGCCGACCAGGGCCUGAGCUGGAGCACAGCCACGGACCUGACACAGCAGGUCAUUGGUGCAGCCAUCAAAGACUGGGCGACGUUCGCGCUGGGCCCUGGGCACGGGAUCCAGCUGCGCUCCGGCCGGCUGCUGGUGCCCGCCUACAGCUACCACAUCGACUGCAAGGAGUGCUUCGGGCAGCUCUGCAAGACCACCCCGCACUCCUUCGCCUUCUACAGCGACGACCACGGCCACGGCUGGCGCUUCGGGGAGUUCAUCCCCAACCUGCAGACGGGCGAGUGCCAGCUGGUCUCGGUGGAUGAGGAGGAUGGAUCCAACGUCCUGUACUGCAACGCCCGCAGCCCGCUGGGCUUCAGGGUCCAGGCGCUCAGCACGGAUGACGGGGCCGUCUUCCACAGGGGGCAGCUGGUCCAGCGGCUGGUCGAGCCCCCCCAUGGCUGUCAUGGCAGUGUCAUCGGCUUCCCAGCACCAUUUGUGUAUGUCCCCACCAUCUCCCAGGACUCUGUGUUGCCCCUCCGGGGCUCAGCUCGACGGCUGCUCCCCGGGAUGUUCCAGGGGUUUCGGUACCUGCCCACUCGGAAGGCAGCAGGUGAUGAGCUGCCCACUGUGGCCACCAGCAGCCACCACAAGCCAGACGAGCCCGAUGAGGACUGUCCUACCCCAGGGCAUCACCAACAAGCCCACAGUGCCACCUUGGCCCAGGGGGACCCUGCAGCAACCCCCAGCCCCACUCCCUUCUUCCAAGCGCCGACAUGGAUCCUCUACUCCCACCCCACCAGCUCCAUGUCACGGGUCAACAUGGGGGUUCACCUGAGCACCUUCCCCAGGGAUGCAGAGAGCUGGACAGAGCCCUGGGUCAUCUACGAGGGCCCGAGCGCUUACUCAGACCUGGCUUACAUGGAGCUGCCCUACACGGAGGCCCCGGUGGCCGGUGGCACGGCCAUCGCCUUCGCCUGCCUCUACGAGAACGGGACGAGGUCGCCCUACGAGCAGAUCUCCUUCAGCAUGUUCACGCUGCACGAUGUGCUCCAGAACAUCCCCGUGACAGCCACUGCUCCCCGCCAGGGCCGCAGCCCCCGGCGCCACGGGAAGCGGGGCCGGAGGAGCUGCCCCGUGUCCUAGUGACCCCCCAGGCCAGCUCCCCCACCCCCCCAGUGCCAGAUCCCGGGACAUCAACCCAUAGCCUGGGGUCCCACCCCCACCCCCGUCCAGCACGGCCACAUCACGCAGAGCAGUGUUACCAUCCCCAGGCUGGAUUUGAUCUCACUUUUAUUGUUAUUUUUUUAAUUAUGUAUCGGUUGGUGGGGAGGCUUGUGCGCCCCGCCCAGCCCCAGGCUCCUUUCCAGCCAGAGCCACCUCAUGAAACAAACACUGGGGGGCAACAGCAAUGCCAAAAGGAGGCAGCUGGGGGCACCCUGUGCCAUCCCCGUGUGCUGGGUCAGGGGGACACAGUGCUCCAGCUGUGCCACAUCUGGUACCACCACCCUGCUCCGGGAGUUUCCCUCCCGUUGUUAUAACUAGUUAUGUUAUAUAAAUGUUUUAUAUGUUGUAUAAAUG